AUGAGCAUCAGCAUUGUCAUCAUCACCAUCGCCAGCCUCGCCACCGGCAUUUUCUUCGGAUCAAGGGCGCGUGCAGCGCACGCGCGGCCGGCAAUGGCCCAGGCGCUCGAGCGCCUGCGGGAGGCACUGCGCGCGUGCGAAGGUGGGCUGGUGAGCAGCGGCAGCGCCGACAACGCCAGCUGCGACAGCUUCGUCGAGCGCGGGCCCUGCUUCAGGGCCUGGCGGCGGCUGCGACCUGCGGCGCGCCGCAGCCUCCCCCCCGCAGCGGCCUCUGCCUUCGCCGGCUCGGAGCCCGCGGAGCUGGGGUGCAUCGGCCGCUCCCUGCGCUUCGGGCGCCUGCUCUGGUGCCUCGCCAGCGGGGUCCACGCCGCGCCCGAGCACCCGCCCGUGGCGCGGGUGCUGGAGCUCUUCGCCGGCUCCGGCGGCGGCUCCACGCUGCUGCUGGCCCACGGCCUGCAGGCCGCGCGCGGCCCCGAGGGGCGCCGGGCCGGCGCUGCGAGGGCGCGCUGGCUGCUCACGUUCGAGGAGGACUGGCGGAACGUGGCGGCCGCGUGCGCCGUGCUCGGCGCGCGGGGCCUGCGAGCGCAGGGGGCGCACGCGGCGGCGCCCGGCGCCCUGGGGCAGCUGGCGCGGCUGCUGAGCGCGGGAGGGGAAGGGGAGUCUGCGGCCACCUGGAUCGUGCACGGGAGACCUGUGCUCAGGAGCUCGGCCUCGGAGGUUGGUGGCAACGCUUCUGCCGGGCCACUCCGUGAUCUCUGCAGCGCCGCCGCGGGAAUCGACCUGGCGGUGCUGGAUCCGAACCACGCGCUCCAGGAGGAGUGGCCAGUCACCGAGGCCGUCUGCUCGCCGCGCUACGUCGCGCUGCACAAUGUGAACUUGCCGCUCCACGCCGGCUGGGUGCGCGAGCGGCUGCUCGCCAGCGGGGAGUGGGCCGAGGUGCUCGCGGGAGCGCACGACUCUGCGUGGGAUCCCCCAGGCCACCCGGCUGCGCGACGAGCAUGGUCGUUGUUGGCGCGGAUUCCUUCAGAUCUCGAGGGUGAUGUUGAUGAUCAUUGUCGUUACUGCCAGCAUCACAGUAGUGCCACCGAGUCGACCCCAAGCAGCUCAUUCGUGCAAC